AUGGCAGACGCAAUGAUCACGGAGACUCCACCUGCUGCAUCAUCGUCGUCGUAUCCCGCCACGCCUGAAUCCCUCGAGCGUGCUUCUGAGGUCGCAUCUACCGAUCCCUUGGCCGCUGCUGCGAUCUAUCGCGGGAUUAUCCAGGAUGAUGCCACGUCAGCCGAUGCGCUUCGGACGAAGGAGACCGCCGUAUGCAGUCUCGGCGAGAUUCUUUCCAAACAAGGAAAGGCUGAGGAGCUUCGUGACCUCCUGACCGACUUACGUCCUUAUUUCGCUCUUAUUCCUAAGGCGAAGACCGCUAAGCUUGUCCGUACCGUGAUCGAUCUAGUAGCGAAGAUACCUAACAGCACGGAUGUGCAGCUCGCCUUGUGCAAGGAAAUGGUCGAGUGGACCAAGAAGGAGAAGCGAACCUUCCUUCGUCAGCGAGUCGAAGCGAGACUCGGCGCGCUGUACAUGGAGACUAAGGACUACCAGACCGCGCUGGCGUUAACUAGCAAUCUUGUCAGGGAGGUAAGGCGGCUCGACGACAAGCUCCUAUUGGUCGACAUUGAUCUUCUCGAGAGCCGGCUCCACCAUCAACUUCGGAACAUUCCUAAGGCUAAAGCGGCGUUAACUGCGGCACGAACUGCGGCGAACUCGAUUUAUGUGCCGCCGGCGCAGCAGGGUCAGAUUGACAUGCAGUCAGGCGUGCUGCACGCAGAGGAGAAGGACUACAAGACGGCGUACUCGUACUUCUUUGAGGCCUUUGAGUGCUUUAACGGACUGGACGACCCCAAGACCGUUCCCUGCCUCAAGUACAUGCUGCUCUGCAAGAUCAUGCUGAAUCAAGCUGAUGACGUUGCAAGCAUCAUUGCCAGCAAGGCAGCUCUUAAGUACACGGGUGAUGAGGUGGACGCUAUGAAGACCGUCGCAACAGCGCACAGUCAGCGGUCGCUCAAGUCUUUUGAGGAGGCCUUGCGCACUUAUAAGCACCAGCUUUCUGAUGACCCAAUUAUCAGCCGCCACCUGGCAGCGUUGUACGACUCCCUGCUGGAGCAGAAUCUGCUGAGGCUGAUUGAGCCAUACUCAUGUGUGGAGAUCGCUCACAUCUCAUCUCUGAUUGGCCUGCCAUUGGAAAAGGUGGAGUCGAAGCUGUCUCAGAUGAUCCUGGACCGUAAGUUUGAGGGCACAUUGGAUCAGGGAGCAGGCAACCUGGUGGUGUUCCAGCCACAGGUGCCGGACGCGCUGUACCCAGCAGCCAUAGACACCAUUGUGCACAUGAACCAGGUCGUCGACAGCCUCUUCGUGCGCUCCAAGCGCAUCAUGGCAUAG